AGGACGACUUUAUCAAGGAAAAGAUGAACAUCAAAAAACAGCAUGAUUCAGAAAUUGCUGAUCUAAAGAAAAAAGUGAAUGCGCUGAAAAUGCAAGAGGGAACAAUAAAGACUUUAGUUGCAAAGUUCUCGUCGUUGUCAAUAACCAUAAAACAAGAAUGGACAGAAUGGUUUCAGAAGUAUAAAGAAGAAACACCGAAAGAUCUUGAAUCGAUUUAUGAGAAGCUCUUAGAAGAUUGGGAAAAGGAGUGGAUAAAUGGAAACUCAGAGGAAAUAAGGAGGCAGAUUGAAGACGAAUAUGACGAAAGAAUAAGCAGUUUAGAGAGAGAGAACAGGAAACUAAAGGAAGCGCUUAAACGCAUACAAUCCCGACCUUCUGUGAAAAAAGAAACAGAAAGAUACACGGAGAUAUUAAGAGAAUUGUUUGUACAAGAUAGCUUUAUUAGAACAGAGAUGACUGAACAAUGUCAAGAAGCAGAGUACUUCGAAUAUGCGCAAAAAAAAGUGAGCGAAGAAGCGAUACCAAACUAUUCAUAGGGACAUUGUCGGAAUAUGUCCCAUCACCACAUCUGGUGUAUGUGAAGACGUUAAACUAAACAUGUUAAAUAAAAACACUUUCAGAUAGCUGAUGUAACUAUUUUAUUAUAUGCUCAUGAUCUUUCUGCGUACUGUCAUUAUUAAGGAAAGAAAAAAGCAUUCAUUUAUAUUAAAUUUUCGUUUUUUUUUAUAGUGUGCCAAUCUGACACCACUUGUAUAGUCAGCGUGUAGACGAAAAUGUUUGGUAUUUGAAUUGAAAUAUUUUGUUGUUUUUUUUUUCCUUUGUGUAUUUUCAUUGCCCGUGUGAUAAUUAAAGGGAACUUACAUGAAACUUAAAGUGGUUGUCCCAUUUAUGAGAAAAUAUGAAUAUAGAUUUUGUUUUAAUGAAGGGUAUAAAUUUUGAUAUUAAGCCCACAUUUUUCAUAUUAACAGGCACUUGAUAAAAAGUAUUCAUAUAUUAUGGUAUAUAGUACUUAACCAAUUUGAAAAAAAAAUUAAAUAUCAAAGGCGUUUUCAAGAUUUUAUGACUUUAUAAAAACUCGCCCUGAGUUUAGGUGAAAUUUUCAAACAUGUCCAUGUCCACCAAGUUUAGCAUAGAACGUAUCUAUGACGUUAAAAAUUGUAAAGUAAGUGAAAGUAAGUGAUGGAUAUUUGUAAAAAGAGCAGGCAUAAUGUUGGUUUUCACCAUUAUUUCAAAGGCAUUGCAAAAAGUUUCCUUUCUGCACAAUAUUUUUAUAUCAUUAUCAGUAUGUAUUGCUAAAAAUGUAUGCCUAAACAUUUUGUUCAACUGGUCAUUUUAACAGUACCCUAACUUGAGAAAAAAAAUUGCCGGAAAUGUGUGAACGUGUAGCUUUAACGGAAAACAGAGUUGCACUUGUUCAACGCCAAUGUUCAUAAUGAUUGAUAGUGCUGAAUAAAGAAAGUCAAACAAAAUCAAAAUAAAUUCAUAUAUUAUACAUAAGGAAACAUGAAAAAUAAAGCAGGCUCGCAAGGAUAGAUUUAAAUAACGCAUAUAAAUAUGUUCUCUUGUCGCGUGAGUUCCAAAAACACAGCUAAGGUAGAUAAUUUUCGUUUCGAUUUUGCAUUACAGAUAUUAAGAUUUGUUGGAGUGUUCGUCAUUUUCUGUAUGAAACAACAAAAACAAAUUUCCGAAAACAAUAUGGCAGAUGGAAAAAUUGUAAUAUCCUAUAGAUUGUUAUAUUAAUUAAUGCAUACAGGUAAACAUAUAAAAAGGAUAAAGCGAAUAAUGAAAAAAGAAAGUUAAAUAAAGACAUGUAUCCAACAUUGAAAUUUCAAAAAAAUUCUCAAUUAUGUGUAAUAUAGAGUCAUAACAUGUACUGUGUGUGUGCGCGCGUUUCAUAAUUCAUGUUUACUCAUGUAUUUCUGUUUAUAUCAGCUACGUAUCCAAGAAAUUUUAUUAUUGCGUAAUAGUGUGCUUGUAGUUUGACUUUUUCCUUUAGUUAUGUUAACUAAAUAUUUCUUCGUUUUAACUUGAUAUUCUUUACAAUACCAUGCCCAAUCCCCUAUGCAAUUUUCCCGUUGGUUUAACUUGAACAUUAUAUCGUAUUCUCCAUUGAUUUAAUAUCUCCUCGCGAAAUUAUCUUGAAAAAUUGAUAUUCUGGAUUUCUGUGCAUGUGAUAUCAUUUUUCAUAUCGGUCGUUUGAUAUGAUACUUUCAUAUCGAGUUAAAGAGAUCAUAGAUCAAAUUUAAUGAGGCGCAUAAAGACAUUAUAAAAUUGAAUAAUUUUUUCAGUGUUCAUGCAUUGUGUAUAUUCUGCCGAAGUUUCUUUAUAUCUUAUUGCUGUCUGUCAAAUAUUUUGAAAACAACUUCUUAUGAAUGGCUCGACUAAACCAAUUAGAUUGCCAAUAAUGAGCAAAAUCGCCACAGUGUAGGAGUAUUCUAAAUUCAAGACUCCUACUGUUUUUAUUUUAUUGGAUAUUCUUGCAUAAAAACUACUUUUUUCACUGGAUCCGCCCAUGUAUAAACGGGGGGAAAAUCGUGUGCAAACAAGGCAGUUCACGUGCUGUUAAUGCAUGAUUUUUAUUUUUGAAAUGCUUUGCCAGAGACGUAUGUAUGUAUUUCUGCGCAGACUGAUAUUUGGCAUCUGCAUCUUGUUUCUUCCAUAAUCAUAAUAACCUCUUCUUGUAGCAUUAUAGAUACAAUGUAAUCCAUAGUAUGUUUAGCUGUAUCAGUUUCCAACCCCAAAGGUACUGCUCCCAUCAAUGUACGCACUAGCUUCUCUAGAGUUUACUCCCCUUACAAAGCGUCUGUUCAGUUAUUGUAAAUAACUGUGAAUAAAUAAGUAUCGCGUGUAACUUGUGCUAUUGUCCGUUUUUAGGUAUUAUAUUAAUGAUUUUGUUAGUAUCAGUCGGUUUGUUUUUACCUGAUUGUUCGCAGAAUUCAUAUAAUAAACCUCGAAAGCUAGUCACUAGCUUCGUACUCAUCCGUACUCUGUUUGUUCGUACUCAAAAUAAUUCGAAUGUAAAGUUGUUAUUCUUAAAAUAAUUGUGUUCCUGUUUAUCAAAUUUUUUAGUUAUAUGCAAAAUUAUGUGUAAUGUAACGUUUGUAAUAACUAAAAAUAAAAAUAAGAUGCUCAAAAACCUUCAAAUCACGCUUUUAGUACUGUUGUUGUUAUGUGUGCCCCGGUUAUGGAUAUUUAUUUUUAUGCAAGAAUAGCGACAAUACACGUUUGUUUUGUGUAUUAACGCCUGCAGGAGCCCGCGGGAUAUGUUUGUGACCGAGACCGAAGGUCGAGGGUAACAAGCAAUCCCGCGGGCUUCUGCAGACGUUAACACACAAAAAAAAACGUGUAUUAUCCCUACAUUAUUUCAUGACAAAUGCUUAUUUUAUGUACCUUAUGACAAAUAUUUACUAUAUGUACAUGUAAUUUUAUUUUGCUGUGGUAUCUCAUAUUUGGAAAAUAAAAUAU